AAAUAAUUAUGCCUGUCCCUAAUAGUUCAUAUCCGAUUCCUUUGAGAACAGUCCUAAAAAUAGCACCAGUUUGUAUGGUACUUACAACUUUGGGCACAUUGUUACCAGUGUGUUUAUAUGAUAUAUUAUAUCAUUCUCAUGAAAGAAUUGAUAAAUUCUUUUGGAGAUCAAGCAGAUUUGAAAGAUUCAUCAGAUGUAGAGAUAUGAAAUUGCGUACUUUUUGGUAUGAAGCAAUGGAAUGGUAACCAACUGGAAGAGAAAGCUUUAUUAAGACUAGACCAUAAGUAGCUGAUCCUUGAGAGAUGUGAAAAUAUAUAAACCAAAUAAUUAUUAU